UGUCGCGUUCCCACGUGCUGCAAAGCCUUUCCCCAUCCUUUUUUUUUUUUUAAUCGCGUGUCGUGGCUUGGCCAUGAAGGAACCGGGCGGUUGGACGUUGCGGGUCGGCUUGGUGGGCUUGGCGGCGGCGGCGGGGGUCGCCUACGGUCUUUACCGGGCGACUUCCAGGCGGAGCGGCGGAGCCUCCCCGCGGCCGAGGGGCUUGGAAGGGGGAGAAGUUUCGGGGUCUCCCGGGUUCUCCAGCAGCCCCCACCCGGCAUCUUUGAGAGGGUUCCCGCAAGGGGGCAGUGAUGGUUCAAAAUCCACCCAUGGCGUUCUUGAGGCCUGUCACAUUAAGAGUCUUCUUCAUCUGCUGGAGUCUACAGAGGAUUCUUUGCUUCAAGAACAGAUCUUGGUUACCCUGAGCAACAGCGCGGCCUUCUCUGUCAAUCAAGAUAUCAUUCGGAAUUUAGGUGGCCUCUCUCUGAUUGGAAAAAUGCUUUCAGUUCCCGUCACCAAUGUAAGACAGAAAGCACUUAAUGCACUCAAUAACUUGAGUAUGAAUACUAAAAAUCAAGAGGAACUAAAGAUCUAUAUUACCAAAGUGUGUGAGGAAGUUGAAGCAUCUUCCAUAAACUCCGAAUUGCAGAUGGCCGGCCUUCGAUUUUUAACCAACAUGUCUGUGACAAAUAACUAUCAUGACAUGAUGACUAGCUUCAUACCCAAUUUUCUGCACUUGCUAUUUGAUGGAAACGAAAGGACUCAGGUUCAAGUCUUAAAAGUCCUUGUGAACUUAUCAGCAAACCCAGUUAUGACAGAACGUCUACUUAAUUCACAGGCGCCCCUUCUCCUAUCUCUGUUCGACAGCUGCAUAAACAAAGAUAUUUUGCUCAGAGUCCUUGUGUUUGCCGCAAACUUGACAAAGUCCAUGACCCACGACAAGGGUUCCGCUAUCCACAAUCUGUACAACGAAGAUUCAGUUUUUUCUACUCUCUCUGUCAAUCCCCUCUAUACUCAAAAACUGGCGUCUCUGUUGCAUCAUGACGAUGCGGAAGUUAAAGAACAAGUGGCCAAGCUAAUAAUGCAGCAGGGCUGAGCUCGGAGGUCCAUCUCGAAUCCGUCUGUCGUCAAAAUCCUGAGCGGCUUAAAAAGAUACAUCGAUGACGACCUCCGAUGACUAUUUUAUUGAUCCGUGUAAAGCAGGGGUGUCCAAAGUUUUUUUGGUGAGGGCCAAAUACAGAAAAAUAAGCAAAGGCCCGGGCCACACCAUUGAACGGGGGGGGGGGGGAAGGGGAGGGCUAAGUUUUUUUCAUACCAGUUCUGUGGGUGUGGCUUAUUUUGGGGUGUGGCUGAGGAACUCUGGGAAUUGAAGUCCACAAGUCUUAAAGAGACCAAGUUUGGACACCCCUGAUCUUGGCUUUUGUUUUGUAUUUGGUACGAACUUGAAACUCCCUUCAUUAUUCCCUGCCCAAGGGGUGGAGGCGCGAGGAGCCUCGUCAGGCAGCCUGAGGAAGGCGAGGGUAGAACUGCUGGGGUCAGGCACGGCCAGCAGCCUCUUUCCCGCUCGCCACCUCCUCCGCCCCCUCCCUUCAUUAUUCCCCGCCCAUGGGGAGGAGCCGCGAGCCUCGCAGCGAACCACCGGGCAAGUACUGGGAGGCGGCCGAAAAGGGCCAUAUUCAAUUAUACUUUCAGAAUUUGCUGCGGGCCAAUAAAAACUGACCCGCGGGCCGCAGUUUGGACACCCCUGGUGUAAAGUUUCCUCAUUUUUAAAUGGAGAACUGUCUAAUCCCGGACAUUACCUGCUGCCUCUGUCUUUGUAUUGCCCCCAUCUCUGGAAGUAAAAAAAAGAAGGUCCAGGAAAGACCAGCGCAUCGACCCUGAAAUAAUCUGGAAUGUCAGGACGACAUUUGGAGGUUCGUUCUCCGAGCUUGUGGGUUGUUUCAUUAUCAGACUAAGUAACAUUUUCAGCAAAAUUUAGGGAAUUAUUUAUAUAUCUUCCUCUAGUCCAGGGAUGGCUAACCUUUUUCGGACUGAGUGCCCAAAGCACGUGCGCGAAUGUGCCCGAACCACCAAAAUGCAAUGUGCAUGCAGCCCCUGUCCAUGCGCCCCGCCUCCAUGCAUGCACAUGCGGCUCCCGCACAUGCCCUGUCCCAUCACAAUUGCAUGCGCGGGCCCCCGCAUGCGCCCUGCCCCCCGCACACAUGCAUGGCAGAGACCUGAAGACCAGCUGGCCGGCGGGAGACGCGUGUGUGCAUACGCAGUGCAGCUGAACUGGGGCGGCGUCUCACGUGCCAUCAGAGAGGGCGCUGCGUGCCACCUUCGGCACGUGUUCCAGAGCUUCGCCAUCACAGCUCUAGUCACAUCUAUCCAACCCACCAGAGCGGGGAGGCAGGGAAUGUUAGGGGUCACUUCUGCUAAGAAGGACCAUUUAGUGAGACCAAGAAGAAGGGUCUUCUCUGUGGUGGCUCCCUUUCUCCUCUGUAGAACAGGGAUAGUCAACCUUUUUAUACCUACCGCCCACUUUUGUAUCUCUGUUAGUAAUAAAAUUUUCUAACCUCC